AUGGAGCAGCAUUUCCGUCGCGCGGCCACCGGCAUGGACAACAUGCUCAACAACGUCUUGAGCAUGGAACCGCCGCCCAACACAUGGGGUCCAACGCCCACCGCCGCACCCGUCUCUCAGACCUCGGCCGAAAAGACCAGCCAGCUCUUAAUCCGCGACUAUCCGUUCCGAUCCAUCGCUAUCGUAUCCAAAUCACAUGCUCUAGUCUUCCGGCAUGGCGGCUCCAGCCCCGACCCUCUCUCGAACGGCUCCUUUUCCGCCCUUCCGAAUUCACGCUCCCGGCCGGGCGAGGGCUCGAGCAACGCCGCCAAGUGCAUGGUGGAGUUUGCCCCCAACACUAGGAAGCUUCUGGAGGAUUACCGCCCGCUUACCUCGCGACCUAUAUACGGCACGCUUGGCUUGAUAUCCAUGGGCCAAGAUGUCUUCAUUUGCGUCAUCACGAGCGCCUCGAGGGUUGCGACCUUGCGCCCGGGAGAGACUAUCGAGAGGAUCAAUGCCGUGGAGUUCUUCUGUCUGAAUACGAACGAGUAUGAUGACGUUCUUUCCACAGACCCGUAUUACGAAGAUGAUGGGUCGUCAGCCUAUGGUCAGGGCUUGAGCAGAAGGGAUCCUACUUUGGAGCACCCGUGUGCCGAAGUUCAAAAGUUGUUGAGCAACGGAAGCUUCUAUUUCAGUACUGAUUUUGAUCUUACAAACCGGCUGCAGGACAGACCAGCAGACGCUUCUGCGUUCAACAUUGACAACUUUGACGAAGAAUUCUUGUGGAACUCUUUCAUGAUAGACCCGCUUGUGCAGUUCCGAUCGCGUCUGAUGGCGCAUGAAAGAGAGGCCCUUGAUGCUUCCUGGUUUUUGACGUCCGCCAUCCGAGGGUUCUGUCAGACGAUCACUUUGCCGCAGCCAAUAGCGCCGUUGAGGGGUGGAUCCAAGGCUGGCAUGCCAUCAUAUCUUACCCUUAUAUCCCGUCUCUCAUGCCGCCGGGCUGGCACCCGGUUCAACUCCCGUGGUAUUGAUGACGAUGGUAAUGUGGCAAACUUUGUCGAGUCGGAAACGACAUACUGGAGUCCGUCCGGGGUGGUUUUCUCGUACUGCCAGGUCCGAGGUUCAGUUCCUGUAUUCUGGGAGCAGUCUGCCGGGCUGAUACCUGGACAGCAGAAAAUCACGCUCACGAGGUCGCCUGAUGGGACACAACCGGCCUUUAACAAACACUUUGAAGACUUGGAGCAGACAUACGGAGCAGUACACGUGGUCAACUUGCUGAGCGCGACCAAACCAGGAGAGCUUGAGCUUACUCAAUCCUUUCGCUACGGCAUCCAGCAUUGUCCCCUGAGUCGCCGUGGUGAGAAGCACAGCCAGCAAGAUCAUGCGCUCUUGCGCGCCACCGAGUACGACUUCCAUGCGGAGACGAAGGGGCCGCAAGGUUACGAAGCUGCAAAGCAAAUCAGACACUACAUUGAAGCCUCUGCAGAUGGGUUUGCGUAUUAUCUUUCCGAAGUUACCAGGGAUGGAGAGGAGGUUGGCAAGCCAUCAGCACCACGCUAUGUAGUACUUCUGCAGCAAGAGGGGGUCUUCAGGACAAACUGCCUUGACUGUCUCGACCGCACCAAUCUUAUUCAGACCCUGAUCUCACAAAUGGCAGUCGAAACCUUUCUGGGUCAUAGGGGAGAGUUUGCUACGUCGGACUUUUGGAUGCGGCACUCGAGCAUGUGGGCAGACAAUGGCGAUGCAUUGUCGAGAAUCUACGCUGGCACGGGAGCGCUCAAGUCUUCAUUCACACGCCACGGCAAGAUGUCACUUGCCGGUACUUUCGCCGAUGUCCGAAAAUCGGCGACACGGCUAUAUAUCAACAAUUUCGCAGACAAAGGGCGACAGAACACAAUCGACCUCCUCCUGGGCAGGAUCUACGGCCAAUCACCUGUGGUUCUGUAUGACCCUAUUAGUGACUAUGUUGCAGUGGAACUUUCGAAACGAAGUGCUCAAUUCUCCUCCACUGAGACCAUAUCUAUCUUGGUGGGGACGUUCAACCUCAAUGGCCGGACAGAGGGAAUCGACGAAGACCUGUCACCAUGGCUUUGGCCUGCUGUCCUAGGAGAUAGGCAGCCAGAAAUUGUCGCCGUUGGAUUCCAAGAAAUUGUCGAGCUCAGCCCGCAACAAAUCAUGAACAGUGACCCCAGAAGGAAACAGCUCUGGGAAAACGCGGUCAAGCAAACACUCAACGAGAACUGCGAACGGCAUGGCCAAGAAAAGUACGUCCUGCUCAGAAGUGGACAACUUGUCGGUGCAGCGCUUUGCAUUUUCGUCAAGGCUUCAGCGCUGCGGAAUAUCAAGAACGUCGAGGGCAGUGUCAAGAAGACUGGCAUGUCAGGCAUGGCCGGCAACAAGGGUGCCGUUGCGAUUAGGCUCGAUUAUGCCAGCACGCCGAUAUGCUUUGUCACGGCGCAUCUGGCCGCUGGGUUUGCAAACUACGAGGAGAGGAAUAAGGACUAUGCUACCAUUCACCAGGGUCUCCGAUUUCAGAGAAAUAGGGGCAUCGAUGAUCACGAUACCGUAAUCUGGCUUGGUGACUUCAAUUACCGCAUUGGGUUGAGCAGAGAGAAGACCAUGGAUCUUAUCAAACGGCAAGACCUUGAGCGCCUCUAUGAAAACGACCAGCUGAACCUGCAAAUGGUUGCUGGUCUCUCUUUCCAAUACUACUCCGAGGCUCGAAUCAACUUUAUGCCUACUUACAAGUUUGAUCUCGGAAGCGAUGUCUACGACUCCUCUGAGAAAGCGAGGAUACCCGCGUGGACGGACCGCAUUUUGCGAAAAGGCAACAAUAUUCGCCAAACCUCGUACGAUUCGGCUCCCCUCAGGUUCUCAGAUCACAGACCCGUCUACGGAACUUUUGAAUGCACAGUCAACAUUGUUGACGAGGCGCUCAGGGAGCAGUUCUCCCGGGAGAUUUACGAACGGAGAAAGGCAGACAUGGGCGACGCCAUCAGCAUUCAGACGGCCGACACGGAUGAUGAGGACCUGAAAGGGUAUGGAUCGAUUGAGCCUGGCUUGCCACCGGCUAGUACCGACCGGCAGAAGUGGUGGCUCGAGAAUGGUCGAACAGCCAGGUCGACUGUGGUGCCACCGAGACCUACCGCGUCAUCUCACGUCACAGUCUUGAAUCCCAACAGGCCUCCGAAUCCAUUUGUGCCGACAGAAGAACCAGACUGGGUGACGGUGCCCAGAUCAGACUCUCGACUGAGUAAUUCGUACUCGAGCAUCUCAACGAGUCCAUACGAGCACGUGCUGCCGACACUGAAGCAGCAGCAGACAGUCAGGAAGCUGCCACCUCCAUACGAUCCAUCUGCACUGUCAUCGCAGUUCGCAAGAAAGCCUACAGGGCAGAGUGACCAGCAUUCGGGUUCGAAUCUGCGUAACGAGAUGCCAUCUUCUGCAUUGUCCGCUCAAUUCACAAGAAGACCGAGUACACAGAGCGAGCAUGUGUCUAGCUCUUAUAGAAACCAGACGCCGCCGCCGCCUCCGCCCCCCAGAAGGCAACCAGGCAACAGUGGAUCUGGUCCUGGGCCGGAGAGGGCGUCAACCCUUCCAGCCAAGCUGCCAACCAAGGUUCUGCCUCCACCAUCUGACGUGAUCCCAAGGAAAGCUGUCAAGGCGCAACCACCACCUACAUCGUCGGCAUCGUCAACCACAAAGUCAAGUAAUGCUCCGCCACCAGUGGCCAAGAAGCCGGCUCACCUGGCUGGUUUAAGCCCAGCCGGGAGCCCAACCAUCGCUCAGAGCGACCAUAUGGCAGUAGCUCAGAGGCCAAAGUCGCCUGGACGAGCAAAGGACGGGCUGAAAGGUGUGGUUGGCAGACUCGGUGAGCGACAGCAAGCGAUGCAGCAAGUGUCUCCCCUCCGGGGGAAGGAUGGCGGACUCGCACGGAGGCCGAUUGCAACCCCGCCCACAGCGAGCGAGCUGGGGAUCGACAGGGCGGUAGAUUCAGCAGCGCCGCCACCAAAACCCAGCAGGAAACCGACGAUGUCACCAGAGGUGCGGCCAAAACCCAAACCCCCGGGGUUAAGGAGCGAGCAGACCGUGGUGCAAGAUCAAACAAAUCAGGCAAACCAACUACAGUCAAGGCCGGUGCCAGAUCGGCCUUCAGCGAUGAGCCAGACUCCUGGGGAAAAUUUUAGCCUUAUGGACAAUGAUACAGACGAUCAACUAAGUGCUUUCAAGGUCCUCAGACCCAGCUGA